CAUCAAGAACUUUAAGUUUUGUGCAACUCUAACAUGGUCAAGCAAGUUCUCUUUAUUUUGGCCUUCUUCGGCUUCGUUUUCGGUCUUCAAGCGCUGCUAUGUCCAUCUAAAUUUACGCCGGUGGGCGACAAGUGUCUUUACCUUUCCAGAACUAAGGUCAACUGGUACGUGGCCGCUCGUCAAUGUCGGAAACUUGGCGGCAGUCUCUUGAUGUUCGAUAACGAAAUCGAAGCGAUCAUCACCACCGCCUACCUUUUGAAUGAGGGAGUGUCCUUUAAUGAUAGUUGGAGAUCCUCCGUUUGGAUGGGACUGGAUUCCCUAGGACAAUACCCCAGUUUUGUCUUGUCCAAAACUGGCGAUCCGAUUUCCUACCCCUAUUGGGGGAAAGAUCAACCAAGUUCGAAUACCAAUGAACUGUGCGGAGCUUAUGCCAACUAUAAAUCAUGGGGCUACUUCAACAAUGCCUGCACCUACUUGGCUUUGUUUGUUUGUGAAACUCGAGUAUACUACCUAUAAUUUCUUAUUUAUUAUGGCUUCGAAAUAGGCACU